UCCAGCAACAACACUAGUUUUCUGCUACCCAAACCCACCAUUUUAGGGCUUCAAAAAACCUAGUAUAUAUUAUAGUACCAGUAAUUAAUUAAUGUCGAGGGUUUUAGAGCCACUUACUGUCGGGAGAGUGAUUGGGGAAGUUGUGGAUAACUUCACCCCCAGUGUGAGAAUGACCGUUACAUACAACAGUAACCGCCAAGUGUUCAACGGCCAUGAACUCAUGCCGGCGCUCAUUGCUGCUAAACCUCGCGUUGAGAUCGGCGGCGAUGAUUUGAGAGCUGCUUACACUCUUAUCAUGACUGAUCCGGAUGCUCCCGGGCCUAGUGAUCCAUACUUGAGGGAACAUCUUCACUGGAUUGUCACUGAUAUUCCUGGCACCACUGAUGCAUCUUUCGGGAGGGAAAUUGUGAGGUAUGAAGCGCCGAAGCCGGUGAUUGGGAUACACCGUUACGUGUUUUUACUGUUCAAGCAACGGGCGAGGCAUUCGGUGCGGGCCCCACCGUCAAGGGACAGGUUCAACACGCGCGGCUUCUGCGAAGAACAGGGGUUGGGGACGCCGGUCGCCGCCGUGUACUUUAACGCGCAGCGAGAAACCGCCGCCCGGAGAAGAUAGAUGAAAUUCCGAUCCGAAGCUCCGGUGGGUGGAGUUUACAACGGACUACUGUUAGUUAAAUAACGGAGAUAACCGAAGAAAAGUGUGUGCGUCCCAGGAAACGAGGUCACUGACUAAUCAGGAAUUGACAUGUGUUCCUACGGUUAUUAUACUUGACGAUGUGUUAGGGUAACUGUUUGGGGGGUCCCAUCACAAGUCUUAGGUUUUCUGCAGAUAGGACUUCUUUAGACUUCAGAUGUGUGAGGGUGGGUACGUGUCGUCUUCUGUUGGGUUGCUGUGAUGAUUGCCGUCAUAACGGCACAGUUAGUUUGUUUUAUGUUUAUUUUUUGGGUACGUUUGUUUGUACUACUGUUCUGGGCUGAAAAUUUUAGUAUAAUGUUUUUGUUGUUUUAUUAA